AUCUACACGCGUCCGUCUCACCACGAGAGUUGCAAAAACAAUCUGCGGAGGGUCAAGAUGGUCUGCGCUCAAUGUCACAGAAUUUUAGCAGCAACCAGACAGUUAAGACUGAGUUUUAAAUCAUCGCUGUUGUGAGAUCUGGAUACACGGGAUAUUUUACAGUGAGAUAUUGACAGCCUGAAGUGGUCCUGAAAUCUCCUUCUCCACCUUCAGAACUACCCAUUCGAUGCUGCACCAUGUCUGCCCAAAUGUGUAAAGGGGUUGAGCUAAUCUUGCGCUCUGGUUGCUACCAGACCAUCAGAAGUAUAUCCUGCUUACCCAAGGUAGUUUUGGCCCCUGUGGGUCCCUCAGGUCUCUAUGCUUCUGGGGCCCCUAUGCUUCAAAGAAGGGCUUACAGCCCGGACUCUCUGUCUUCGGGUGCUGGUCGACCCACACUUCAGAAUUCUCAGCAAUCUCGUACAGACAGAACAUCUUCGUCCUCAACACUCACUCACAGAAACCUGUCUGCUGUGGCUAUACAGGGUCAGCGUCGUCCUCUUAGUAACUAUGACUUUCUAGACCUUGGUAAAGUAGAGGAGAAUGUACUUCGUGCUCAGGCCUGUAAAAAAAUCAGACACUUCUUGGUGGACCCAGACCUGGCUAAACUAGUAACACAGCAUUUAAGUCCAGAGGAUGCCAAAGCUAUUAUUUUUGAAUGUAACCCAGGUCCUGGAGUGUUGACUCGAACACUGCUAAAUGCAGGAGCUCAGAGAAUUGUUGCUCUAGAGGGUGAUACGUCCUUUCUUCGUGAUCUGCAGGACUUGGAAGGUCAUCUUGAUGGUCAGUUGGAAGUGGUCCACUGUGACUUCUUCAGACUAGACCCCAUUAGCACUGGAAACAUGAAACCUCCUAUCAUGUUCACAGACAAACUGUUCACGGAUCUGGGGAUAUCAGAAGCUAAUUGGACUGAUGACAUCCCAGUGAAGGUGGUGGGAUUUCUUCCCCAUCAAAAUGAGCGUGGCAUGCUGCUGAAGAUGGUCUAUGCUUUGUUUGAACGACAGUCUUUCUAUAGAUACGGAAGAAUAGAGCUUAACCUCUUCAUGAGUGAGAGUGAAUAUCUGAAACUGGUCUCACAACCAGGUAAGAUGAUGUACUACAGAGCCUGCAGUGUCCUCUGGCAGAUGGCCUGUGAUAUUGAGCUCUUGCAUAAGGAGCCCAGGGAAUCAUUUGUAAUCUCUUCAAAGCGGAACGUACAUUGCUCUAAAGGCAAGCUUCCCAAUGACCAUUUGUGCCUGGUGCGUCUGCGUCCGCGGGCUGAUCUGUUCUCCGCAGGCCUCACUCCCUCUAAUUCUUCAACUCUAGUGAUGAUGGUCAAACAGUGUCUGGCAAAAAGAAAGGUCAAGCUCAUCGACAGGCUGAACCUCUGGUCGCCUGAUAGUGGGAGCAAGCUGUUAUCAGAAAUGGAAAUGCCAGAGGACAUAUUGACAGGCCAUGUAUACCCGCAGGAGUACCUCCGGCUGUUUCAGCUGAUGGACAAGAGCCAGGAGUUCACACAGAGCUGGCUCUAUGAGGAGAUACUGGAGAACAAACUGAGAGAGGGUUGGGUGUAAAAUACAAACCAUGAGUUCACAUGUAUAGAUUCUGAAUAUUGAAACACUGAAGACUAUCUAAAGUCGUAUAGAUGAUGGAAUAUAAAGCUAUAAUAUCUGAUUUUGUGUAACAGUUGCAUGCAGAAAAGCAUAAAGCUGUAAGUCAGUUUUAAAUCAAAUGGGCAUUGCAGAAAUACCACAAAUGAUAAUGACCUCAAAUGAUCCUGUCAUCAGAAAUCCUCUGGAAUAAAUAGUCUUAAUGAGUUCUUAAAAAACAGUGUUUAGUGCAUCAUCUGGACAUAGUGCAGGAAGUGCUCAGCAAAAAGAAGGUUGUCUCUAACGAAUUAGGGGUUUCACUGUACAGCUUCAUGCCUUGUAUAUUUUUGUAUAUUGACUGAGUUUAUAAACUUGUCUGUGUUUUAUGAAGUGUUUAAGCUGCUUUUUAAAAAAUCAUAAUUUGUUCUGGGGUAGAAGAAACUUCUUUAUUACAUUUUAUAAUUAUAAUAUAAUUUGUUUGUGCUUGCAUCAGAAAUGCUUAUAACAUGUCUGCAUAAAAUGAGCAUAUUACCUCA